GAAAUUAUAAAAUAAAAUGUAAAAUUAAGAUCACGAAUAUCUCAUCAAUAACGUAAAUCCCAUCUUAGAAUAAUUGGCACUUUACUUAGUGAAAGAAAAGCCUGAUAACGUGGUAAAUAAAAUUUAAUUAUGAUUUAAAUAGACCCAAGCAUCAAUUGAAUGGUUAAGCGUAAAUGGAGGUAUUGAUAUUGUACAUCCUAUCAUUAGCUUAAAUAGAAAAUGGAUUAAACCAUAAUUAAUAAAUUCAUAAUGACACAGUCGAAUCAUCAGAUGAAACAGAGUCAGAUGAAGAUGACUAUGAACUUUAUGCUAAUAAUCCAAUUCGACCUGAUAGAGCCAGUGUUAGUGCCGAAGUCUAUGGAAUUUAUAAUAAAAAAACUAAUUUCAAACCUAAAAUAGUUGCAAAGUCUCACUUGCAAAUUUAGAGAAUUAAAGAGAAAUUAGCUUAAUCAUUUAUGUUCUCAGAAUUAGAUGAACAUGAUUUAAGAAUUGUAAUUAAUGCUAUGGAAGUCAUCUAAUAUCUAAAAGGAGAUAUUGUAAUCAGAUAAGGAGAUGACGGAGACAAUCUAUAUAUUGUUGAUGAAGGAACUUUAGAUUGCUCAAAGACUAAGGCUGGUCAAGAUUCAGUUCAUCUUAAAACUUACAAACCAGGAGAAUCUUUUGGUGAAUUAGCACUCCUAUACAAUUCACCAAGAGCAGCUACUAUAGUUGCAGAAGAAAACUGUGUCCUAUUCUCUCUAGAUAGAGGAACAUUCAAUCAUAUAGUCAAAGAUGCUGCUAUUAGAAAGAGAGAAAGAUAUGAAUACUUUCUGGCUCAUGUUGAAUUACUUCAUGAACUUGAUCCAUAUAGUAGAUCUUAAAUUGCAGAUGCACUCAAAAGCAAAAAUUUUAAUAUUGGAGAUUACAUCGUUAAAGAAGGAGAUGAAGGAGAUAUCUUUUAUUUCCUUGAAAAAGGAGAAGCAGUAGCCACCAAAGUCUUAAAUCAAAGUAUUUUUACUAUCUACUUUUCUUAGGUUAACCUGCUUAAGUUGUCUAUUUUUAUAAAGAAGGUGAUUAUUUUGGUGAAAUUGCCUUACUUAGAUAAGCACCAAGAGCUGCAUCUGUUAUUGCUGAGGUUAUACUUAUAUUCACUUAUUUUUUAGACUCCAUGCACUGUUGUCUAUUUAGAUAGAGAUACAUUUAAAAGAUUAUUAGGGCCACUUGAAGACAUACUCACUCGUAAUUUUAAGAAGUAUGAAAAAUAUAUGAAUUGAGAUUAUUAAAUAUCUAUUUAUUUUAAU